CACAGUUUUGUUUUGUUUACUUCAAUGGCCGUCACUCUAGAGACUAUUUGUUGACGCUGUCCGUCACAUUUUAGCCACACACAGAGAAUUCUUGUUACUGUAUUACGUUUCAACAUUUGUCUUGAAGUUCGACUAGAAUCUCUAGUACUAGAUCUAGAUCUAAGUAGACUAGUUCUACUUCUAGAUUAGAUAUAUCUAGAUCUAAAUUUCAAUAAUUUUAUACUGAAAGGCUGCAAUGUCAUUUAUUCUGAAUGAAUUAUUAGCCGUGGGCGUGGUCAUUGGGGAUGUUGUAAAGGGUCGCCGCCCUCCUUCCAGUGACACAGAAGAUGAUCCGCCAGAGAAGGUCGCCAAAGUGAUGGAUAGUCCUAGCACGUCUGAAUCUUAUAAGACUUGUGACAGUUCCCUUGGUGAGUCACGAUGUCGCUCUUCACAAGUGUCAGGUGGUUUAGUAAAAGGUCGGCGCCCACAUCAGAGUCACAGUGACGAUGGACUGCCCAUCAAGAUUGCCAGAUUAGAGUUGAACGAUACCACAUCGAAUGCAUUAUGUGAGAACUCAGACGAGAACAAUGAGAUUGUAGAACAUGAUUGGAGGCUAUUGCCGUAUCCUGCGUUGAAGCGAAUUUACGCAUUACUGCCCAACAAGGACCGGUACAAUAUGGCAGUGGCCUGUCCACUUUGGUCUGAGCCUUUGACCUCAGGUGAUAUCUGGAGGAAACUUAAUUUCCGAUUUAACAGAGUAGAAGAUUGGAAAGCCAAACGGUUUACCCAAAAGGUGUUGCCAGUUGCAGUCCGUUACUUGAAUAUUGACUGCAAAGUGGACGCAGGCGCUGUUCUUGUUCACAAAGAAUGGGACUCGUUGGUGUAUUUGGUCAGGCUUUUGCGCUACUUACUGAACCACAAAGUGAACAAGCUUGUCUCAUUGCGGGUGGCCAACAUGAGUCGAUUGACCAUGAGGUGGUUGACAUGUGGCAAGCGUAAAGAUCUGAUCAUGACGUUGCGUGGCUUACUCGACUGUCAAACAAAUCUGAAGGUUUUGAAUCUGUCCUGUGCUGGCUUGGACCUGGAACAAGGUACAAUGAUGUUAGUCAAAGCUGCCAACAAUUGUGGAUCUCGGAUAAAGAAACUGAUUAUCGAUGGAUUAUUUGCCGACAACCUGGGCACAGACGUACUGCCUAUGGUACUAUUAGAGCCAAUCACUUAUUUUACAAAACUGAAAGCGUUGUCCAUCAGCUCUCUGUACAUCUGUGACGAUGUCGUGGAAGUCAUUGCUGGUAUCGCCACCUUGAAACACUUACGUAUCUACACUGAUGAAGGGUGUGAGGAGGAGCAUGUGUCCACUCAGAGCUGGGAAAUUCUGAAGGACGCUUGCCCUCAGCUGGAGGUCCAUUACAUCUUAACUAACGUGCACAACUAUUACAAAUUCAGGCAGAUUCUGAAAAGGAAUAUCCCGCUGACUCGACUAGACUGGAAAGUUGAUCGCAGCACAAGGUUUGAUUUUUGGGUGGAGGAGGAUGUCUUGGUCUGCUUAUCGUAUAUCUCUGAAACAUUUAAGAACACAAUUCGCCACAUUGACAUUGCUUUGCGGUAUAGCUCUGAAAAGUUUGCUCCCUUGUUUGAUGACAUUAUAAGAAGGUGUCUGAAACUUCAAACGCUGUCAGUCAAGGCCCCGGAUGACGAGAAUCAAACUCUAGAGAAAGCGUUGACACAAUUUGUGUUCUGGGCCUCCAUCCGACAGACGAAAUGUGCCAUCAGGGAGUUGAAGUUCAACGGGAAGAAUAUCCACCUGGAAAGAUCCAGCCUCAACUCCACAGUAAAGUGGCUAUUUGGGCGCUUCAUGUAGCUCCAUGGUUUCAGAUAAAAGUGCUUUGAUGAUCAGCGAAUGUUGAACACAAAUGUUUCUCGUUCUGAUAGGUGUGAAACAAGUGAAGCUGUAUUUGAGAUCCAUAGUCAGUUAGUUAGUAAUCUCUCAAUAGACAACACACUUUCUGGAGUGUAACAUCUGGUAGCCAUAGAAGAGUUUCUGAACUUGUUAACUGUAUAAUACUUAAAGUGAGGUAAACUCUACACAAAGCAAUAAAAUAUCGUUUCGUGACACAACUAUCCAUUUGAACUAGUUGACACUUAAACCUAUAAAAGUCAUAUUAUGUAUAAUGGCAUUGUCUACACUAUGGCCUUUGAUGUAGUAUGGUUAAUAUAUAUGUUAAUAUAUAUAUGUUAUAUUUUGUAUUAUGCACAUGCAUGUUAUGAUGAUUGUCCUUACCUCCCUUUUUGUCCGUAUUUCUUUCAUGGUCAAAAGAUCAGCAGUCUUUCAACUCCACAGUCCAAUAGAUAUAUAUAUCAGGCUAUUGGAUGGCUGCCUGGUCGUGCGGUUUGCACGCUGGACUGUCGUUCAGAUUUAUCGAUGGUCCCGGGUUCAAACCCUGCCCGCUCCCAUCCCCCGUCGUCCUGCGGGAGGUUUGGACUAGGAAGUAAUUAUCUUCAACUCUGAAGGAACAUCCGAAACAUGUAAAACAUUUUACAAACAUUCGUUUCUAUCAUGUGGAUUGUUCAUUCCUAUCAAAUAAGCUACCUAACGUGAAUAUGCAUCAUAUUUAAAAAAAAAAUGCUCGUAUGAAUGUGUCUUCCUGAUUCUGUAAUCUGUGAAUGUGUGAAUAUAAAGCCUUUUUAUUAAUUUUUUUAAUACUAUAUUUAUUUAGUAUUGAAUGUUAUGAGUUUUUUUUAGCGAAAUUAUAUUUAUUCUUUUUUUUUUUUACAAGUGAUAAAUUGUAUAGAAAGAUUUAUACCUACCACAAAGUAAUUGGUUAUAUAAUAUGCACAUGUUAUAGAUUGUAUUAAUACAUCAAUUUACACCUCAAUUUGUCGUGCCAUAAAACUCUAAAGUUGUCAUGUUCAGAUAUUGCCGUUGCACAGAAACUUUAAUUCAAUAUUGUCAAAGUCCUACUCGUUGUACGAUUUUUUAGGAGCUAAGGGAAAUAACUUUGUUCCAUUUAGUGGACUCCUCUUCUGAAAAAAAAUUGCUUUGUAUAUAUAUAUAUAUAUAGUCACAUCUUAUCUGAGUUCAGCUAUUUACGGAGAACAGGAUAAGAAAUCCUUAGAGCUAACUUCAUGUCAAUCUACAAGUCUUCAGUAUUUUCAAUAAGCUCCAGACUUUCUCAAACUUUCAUUAGGGAACAAGGAUUUAGUCGCACAAGUUUCAACAUUGAUAUCAGUUACGAAUUAGUAAAAUAUAUUACAAGUGCCUUAAUGUAGAUGAAACUACCAUACCGAUACAUAUAUACACUAAAGUUCUCUACUCCGGACUGUAUCCAUUCCCAAACAUGUUUAACAUUCACAAUAAAUGAAUAGAAAACUAAUUGUAGCGAGAUUUUACAUGCAUUAUAUUGUUUAAACUUGAGGCGUAUUGAUGUAUACAGUAGAUACUUGUGCAAUUAAUUAUAUCAGUAAUCAUUAAAAUGUUAUCAAUUAACUCAGAA